AAACUUUCAAAUGUGAAACAGCAGAUAUUAGCAGAGACACCAAGAUACAAUGCCAUUGCUGAGUCUUUAAAUUCUGGUGAGAUGGAUCAUGAUCUUAAUUAUGCUAAUGAAGUCAGAGGUCAAGUUCUCAAACUUUUUGACGUAAUGGAUUUAAUAAGCAAAAGAAUUUUAACUCUAGGAAUGAAAAGUGAAAAUCUACCACCUAUAAGGAUUCAAAACCUUCAGAAGAAGAUUAGAAUGUAUGCAACCCAUUUCAUGCAAGACCAGAUGCUCCAUCUGCAGACACUGCCAACACAGGAUGAACUGCUGUUCCUGCAUGAGCAACGUAAAGUAGCUAUUGCUCAGCGGAUUGCUCAUGAGAGACAAGAAGCUCUAGAGAUCCAAAGGUUGGAGCAAGAACGACAAGAGAAGCAGAAGAUGCAGCAACUGAAAGGUCAUCAAAGGAACACCAGUUGGCCAUCGAUGGCAUGGACCAAAGGAACAGAAGUCACAAAAAUGAAGGCACAAGAGAGUGAACACUCUGGUAGUGGUACAGGUGGUAGUGGUGAAGCUAAAGGGUGGAAACCACAGGUUGUAAAUCAAGCCACACUUGAUGCUCAAGAUGACCCUUUAGAGCAACAGAUCACAAUUAUCAAGAAUUUCCUGGAGCAAGCCAGAAGGGCUGGUAAAAUGGAUGAGGUGAAGAUGCUCGAAGACAACCUAAGAGAUUUACAAAAAGAGAAAUAUUUCCAAAAAUUAAAAUAAUGUAUUUUUUUUUUUUUUUU